UGCUGCUGCCGCCGCCGCCGCCGCCGCUGCUGCAGCAGCGACAACUGGCGCUAUAGUAGCUGCCCUCACCCAGUCCCGCUGCUUCUCUCCCUUCAGGCGGUUUGACCAAGUGACAGCCUUGACGACUGCGGCACCACGUGCUGGCAUCAGACAGUUGAAGGAAGUCGACGCGAUCGGCAAAACGCGAUUGAAUCCGUGCCGGUGACGACAGUAUCAUCUACUGUUAUGCGUUAUUGCUAGUUGAAAUAGAAGCCAGCGACACGCAAACGGAUAAUAUCGGUUUGUAGUAACGGUGGACGCUUGUGAUUGAAAUGAGGAUUGUAGAAAAUUGUACGGUGCUCACCAACAGCAGUAACAACAUGUGACAUUUAGCGAGUACAGCAGAAGGAAACAAUUGUAAGCGUUCGAUUUUCAGCUGCAUGCACCUCGCGUGUAAUGCCGCUCAGUUACCGACGUGACCCCUGCCAGUAGAGUUUCUACUACGACUGCCGCUUCAGUGUCACGAUUCGAAACUAGCAAUAAUUUGUUGUUGUUGUUGCUGCUGCUGCUACUACUACUACCGUUGUUGUUGUUGUUGUUGUUGUUGUUGUUGUUGUCGUUGUUGUUUGUUUGUUGUUGUCGUCGUCGUCGUCGUUGUUGUUGUUGUUGUUAUAGUGAUGGACCUAUUGCAGUGAAUGCAGUGGUCGACUGUGCAAUUCCAAAGUGGGUGCCGGGGGUAAUCAAUUCGUGUCACCCCCCCAGACUCAGUACGACUUGUCUGCAUCAUUGGAUACCAUUUUCGUGUGUUUGUUGAGUUUUAAUUGCGGGACACGCGUAUUGGAUAUCAUUGCCAGUGGAGAAAGUACCUGUUGCGAACUUUAUCUCGUCAGUCAUUUAUGUGUGUUUGUGUGAUCUGUCAUAGUCAUAGUCAUAUAAUAUGGCGUAACAUUGAUUGGACGUUAUUAGCACCAUUUUGAGACGCUGUUGAAGUUGUUCAUCACCGCUGUUACUUCAGGAUGAAUUUGUAUGAUACGCCACCCGUGAACGACGGGCUUGCAGCUGCUACGGCCAUGCUCGACAGUAACAAUGGACUGCAGAGCGCUGGACGAGGCACUAGCAACGGCGGUGGUAGUGAUGGCGGUCGUGCAUAUGACUCGGCAUCCGAGACGACAACUGCUCUUUCUACGGCUGAUCUAUACGCUCGGAAAAGGCGCGGCAACCUACCGAAGGAAUCAGUCAAGAUUCUACGGAUGUGGUUGUACGAGCACAGGUAUAAUGCUUACCCUUCGGAUCAGGAGAAGUUGUUCUUGAGCAAAGAGACUGGACUAAGUGUUUUACAGGUGUGCAAUUGGUUCAUUAAUGCACGUCGUCGAAUCCUACCAGACAUCAUCCGAAAAGAGGGUAACGAUCCAUUGCAAUAUACGAUCACGCGGAAGGUUGGAGCGGGUUCGACAAGUCAGAGUUCGCUGACUAGCUCGCACACUAGUACUAGUAAUGCGUCCGGACAGAAUGGUGGCUUACAUCAGGUGUCAGCGACAACAGCGCUUUCAUCAGGAACAACGACAACGACGCCAAAAUUUGGCGCUCCGAUUCAUCGUACAACUGCGAUGCUUAAUCACCACUCGUAUUUGGCAUCACCCGUCACCUCGGAUUCGGACGAUCUUGAUUCCGACUCCGAGCGCCUCCUCGAUGACGAUGAAAGCUCAUCAGACUCAAUGCGUCGGGAAGGCGGGGGUUCGAUGCCGUUGAAACUCACCGCCCGCUGGCAGCGAAGCCAUGAGCAAGAACAGAGUCAUGGUGGGCACCAUGGCUUCGUUCAUGGCGUAAAGCGCAAACGACACUCGGAGGACGAUACCGAUGAGUGUUCGGAUGACACGGGCGUCUAUGGCCUACACACACCAUCUCCACCACCUCCACCAUCGUCGCCGAAACGUCGCCAGUCGAUCUCGUCUAUUCAACACAAAGAAGAGUUCAGCAGUCUUCUCAUGCUCGUCGAAGUGGCUAUUCGGGAGUUAGAUAAACAGAAGACACCUAGUCUGUGAUCAACUGCUACGGGAAGAUAAGAAUUAAUAAUAUUACCUUGCUCACUGUUACUGCUACCGCAUUAUUACAGUUAAUUUAACUGCAUCGAUUAUGAAGACCGCAAAAUCUUCGGCAAAAUGUUGAAAAUGAAAAUUUCAAGAACCUAGGAAAACGUGCAACGAUGAUCGUACAAUGAGGAAGAUUGAUUAAGCAAUUGAUUGAGGCCCAAAGAUCACAGAUCGGCAUUUCAAUAUUGGCAAGAAGAGCAGACAUAUUUUUACUUGCUGAUGCCCCUGCUCUCUUCGACCUACCUAUCUUUACUCUAACAUGUAGCAGAGGCUGCAUUGGGCAUAUUCUUCUCUGUUUUCUGGGCAUAUGAGGGCGAGAGGGAGACCGCCCAACCCCUGUCGCCUACAGCCGUCCACGUUGCUCGUCGAUACCAAGAUGGCCUCGUUAACAGCUCGAACGUAGCCUGUACAACUCACAUGUCGGGACAUGUUGGUAUUAUGUUACAACGAGAAAAAGCAAAAUUGACAAAUGUUAAACUAUGCACGACUAGUAGUAUCCUGUUCCCUGAUAUAUGGCAUUAUCGUACCAUAAUUGUCAAGUUCAAGCUACCGCUGAAAUCCUUCUUACAGAGACGAAAUCUGUUAUUUAUCGAGACACGACGAUGUGUCAGACCCAACAGCAGCAGCAGCAGCAGCAGCAGCAGCAACAAAAUCUGAAUAAGUAAAUUAAUUCAUUAAAAAAUCAUCGAUCUUUAAACUGACAGUAAACGAGUGCCUGAGUCCUGAGUGCUGUCCCGUUCUUCACUUAUGAAGCUAUAUGCGAGCGAGGGAGAGAUGGAUGCUGUAUGAUAAUGAGCAGAUUUCGUUCACAGGGGGUCGUUCACACAGGAAGAAAAAUAGCAACAUGUAGCAGAUACACACACUCGAAUACAACUACAGACGCGGCUCACAGACACGCGGACGCACACAUACUUUGAAGGAUACUCUCAUGCAGAUAUAGCACAGGAACUAGAGAGAAAGCGAGCCUGGCCGUCGGUUGACUUUAAGCAAAUCAUGGCCCACCUUUUCGGCAUGGACUUGCGCCCGGCGACGCCAAUGAGCUUGCCUGCGUGCAUACCUAGAACAACGUGUGCAGAGCACUCGGACGGUGGAGUCGGCACCAACGAACUCUAUAGCAAAACUCUCCAUCACUAUAUCUUGCUCAAUCCAUCGAUCGGACGACAACCCCACUAGCUGGGCUCUACGAUUACUAACAGGUGGAGUUGCAAGGCAUUAAUUAGCCGAUGUGCUUCGUGUAUGGUGCAGCCCUGUUAACCGUUCAUUGUUAUAGAAAAUAAUAGUAUAGUAUUUCGACCGUAUGUGUGAAAACAAUUUGAAGAACCGAAGUAGCCAGCAUGUGCCGUAUUGUGUGAUAGAGAUGUUAUGAAAGACGACACAAUAGACCGUACGCACCAUCACCAUGCUGGGAAUGACAGUGGUUCAAUUUGUGUACGUUAUAUGACGCGGCCGUAAUUGCGGUGUCGCACCCGAAUACACACAUAUACACCCAUACACGGAGCGACAACAUACAGAUCACAACAUUGCGCCAGGAAGAAAAGUGGGCAGGGGGUGUGGAACUAGGCGCUGGGAAAAGUGCCGGACGCCUGAAUGAGUAACGAGCACAUGGUUAAUCUAUUAAGGGUAGAUCAGCACGAGUGAAUCUUAGUCUUUCCCUAGGUUUUUUAAAGGCUUCCCUUUCUUUCAUUUGUUUCUUUUACUAGUACGUUUUUCACUGCAGCUCUUUCUACCUCUGUAGUUUUACUCGGUGGCUCAAUGUGCCUUAACCACUACUGCAUUGUUUAUCUAACUCUCGCCAUUAUGAUUACCAGUUAUACUAGGAUCAUGUAUUUGCAUCAACGAUUGCUGAUUGAUCCAGCUUCCUUGCCAUAUUCACCACAGUAAAAAAAAAAAAAAACAGAGCAAUUAAGAUGUUAUCGUCGUUGUUGCCGUCUACCCCAAGUGAAGCUGCCGUCACACGUCUAGCAUGGCAUUAACUAUUAUUGCGAAUAUUUCGUUGUUGUUUUCCCUUGAGUCGCUUCCGUUCACGCUACCAUCAUGCAUCCGCCAAAUCAAAGCUUUUUUCAAUGACUCCUUCUUGCGAAAAAUGAAGCAAGCAGUUAGUAGCUAUAAAGUAUAAUUCGUCCCUAGACAUAACAGUAAAUCGAGGGAUGCGCGUUCAUAACCGGCCUGCGUGCCUCAGUGUCGACGGAACGUUUUGGCACGUAACUUGCGGCUGAUUGAGGCGUGCGGCGAACAGCUACGUAGUAACACGUAAAUAUUUCUGAGGCCCAACACGAGUGGGCAUACAAGGACCAGUGGGUUAUGCUUCCAGAGAUGUUGGGGCUUUGGCGCCGGUGACGGUAAUACCUUGUUGUAACUACAGCAUCACCAAUAAUGCGUUGGUGCUUUAGCAAUGAGCCCACCCCACCCCACUUCAGUGCGAUCUGCAGUGGGUUACUCCACUAACCCGAACUAAGUCUUUCCGUUGCUUUAUUCACUGCUGACUCGUUAUUGUCUGCUAUGUGUGAUAAUGCUUCUGGACGAAGUUAUAUUAUUAUAGCACGUUCCGCUAUAAGCGACAUCGGCCAUGUUUCGUGCGGCGCCGAAUAGUUACGAACUGUCUCGGGGUUGCGAGUCUGCUCUAAUUGCUGAUAGCAUAUGUUCCUUGCUAAAGACAUUAUCAGCCGAGAUCCACAACGCUCACGCCUAGCGACUGCCAACGUCCUGUCGCAUGUCCGUUUGUGGCCAGGACGUUUAUUGUGGCCACCUUUAAGCACGCCAGAUACAACUUUAUUCGGACAGAUUUCGGCAAAACCGGUAGGGAGACCAUGACAGCUGGUCGAGCGGGUCUGGGCGGGCGUUAGCAGAAAGCAAGCUAGAUGGCAUGUCUGUCUAUUUGUCUGCGUAGUCGUGUCUUGUUUUUUCUGGCUGUGUAGAUAAAUAUCUUCCUUCUGGUUGACUGGCUUGAACGGACCGAGCGAUUAAUCCCGGUUGGAGCGUUCGUUUCGAGGGAAGAGACCUUUGUAGCGGCGUACGCUAUGCAGCCAGGGCGAGUUAUCGUGAACGAAUGAAAUAUUAAAAUAAAAUUGGAAGAGGUCGACCCAAGAAACAGCCAGAGCGUCGCCACUAGCGGGCAAUUAGCUUGAAGUGCUGUCCUCCCUAUGGCAGCGUUUGAUUUCUCUUCCUUGCUUCGACGAUCGAUUCUAACUUCUGUUUAAGCUAGCGAUAAGAACCAAAAUAGCAACAGAGCCAUCUACCCCUUAGCCGUGUCCUAUUAUAUAACCAAAGGACAAAAAAAUGUGUUGUUGUCACCAUGUUAUUUUAACGAUACGGUUCUCCCACUCGCUUAGAAACUGAAUGAUUUGUUCAAGAUACUUAGCAGCGUCGCGCGGCGAGGGCCGACAACACCGACUCGAGCCUUCUACGGUCCAUAGUUCUGAGAGGAAUCAUUAGUUUUUUGCCAUUUGUGUUAUUGCGUUGCAAUUUUUUGGGCUCUGUUGUGGCCAUAAAUGUCUUAUUUUUUUAAAUAUUAACUCUUAUUUUUCACGUAAACUACUUAAAAAAAGGCUUAUUUCUUAUCUAUUCGUUUUAUAUGAAGAUAAGAGAGUUACUUUCAUAUGAAACUUUAAGUAGAUAUGUAUAGGAUAGGGGAACUGUUCGUUAUGUUGAGUCUCGCCUUGUUUUACGUUGUCGAUCAUCCAACAAUUCGCUUAUAUAGAUGUCUGUACGGUCUUUCUCCAAUGCUGGCCGCCUUGCGACUCUGGUUGCCGCUCUCACUGAUACUGUUCUAUCCGAUCUGAUACACCUCGGCUACGAUAGUAAAAAGUACGUAAAAUGCUGGUCGAUGCUUUUUUAUGUAAUAUUUAUUUUUGUUUAUCCGCUAUUUCGGUCAAUUGUGUGUUUAUUUGACGGAUGCACAGUACGAGGUGUAAUUUGUUUUUGGAUCGAUCUGGUGUUAUCUCCUCAUACCUGUAGAGUACGACUCGCAGGUAGGACGAGGCGCAAUAGUGCCCCGAUAUUAGGGAGGACCCCCGCAACUGUCAAAUAAGAGAUCGUUCCUAUGGCGGUGCGGCGUUAUUGUUGGAAUGAAGUGGAAGCCUUAAUCAAGAUUAAACGCUGUAUCGAAGAACAGAGGUAUCAAGCUUGGGUGCCCUGAUUGAACAUAAGUGACGAUAGCGGAACGGUGAAAACGUACACUGCAAACGUAAUGCUAAAAAGCCAUUUUUUUUGAGGCGCAACGACGAAGGCCGACGAAAUCAUAUGGGUAUGGCAGAAGUAGAUGGCAACAAUGUUGGCCAAACCAAAUAGCGCAUUUAGGGUUUUUGGGCUAUAACGUAGCAACGACUAUACAAAUAGGGUGACAAAUGUGUCAGCUAAUUUAUUUAUAGCUAUUUUGGAAGAAAAUACCAGUUAGUACUGUUACUGGAAAUGUUUCUACCGCUAUUAUUGGUAUUGCUAGCAUUAUUUUUUAUGACCUUCAAAUGUACUUCUGCUUGCAGCAAGCUUCCAUUAUUUCACCGGCUUAGCACUACCCUUUUUGUGUACACAUUAAGAAAUACAACGUAGGUUUUUCUUCUUGUUGUCCCUCAUAAACUGUUUGACGAAACUAGAAGUUUGGCCAACUACCGUGCGGGUGACCGAGCAGUUACCUGCCUCAUUGUUGGGUUCAUAUAACCCACUUUGGCUAGCAAAAUUGUUUGUGGCUGUGGGCGGCAUUGACAAUGGCAGUCAGGCACGAAGGCAUUAAACGAACCGUUUCGAAUUACGGAAUUAUAUGCUCCAAAAAAACAUUGACUGACACACACACACACACACACACACACUCUAUGACAUGCAGCCAACAUGCAGGAAUAGCAUAUUUGAUAGAUUUUGUAUAAACAGACAUAUAAAAACACUUCGAUGGACUUAACGUAACUGUUUAUGCUUAGCGAAUUAACAAAAUUACAUAAAGUGACAAUGUAUCUAUAAUAGAUGUCAGUCGCUGGAUAAUUGAUUUUACACGUAUUAUAUAUGUGCGUAUAUAAUAUGAUGAAUCCAGAUGAUGUUAAGGGGACACUGUCUUUCGAGAGGAGGCCUACCGCUCGUGUAGCAGUGUCGAUGUAUAGCUUUUUUCACAAUGAUGAUACAGCUACAGAUCAUCAUCGUCAUGUUGGCGUUUAAAUCAGUUGACAUAUCAGUCUUACAAAUGCGUUUGUCACUUGGUCUUCCUUUGUUUUGGUCACUGGAUGCAGAUACGAGAAGCAGUUUGCACGCCCAGCUUAGACAUUUUUUUGCCGCUCUCAGCUGAAACUUACAUGUGCCUUAUGCAAGCAUAAAGCUCGAUGCGUCAAUGUGGCGCAGUGGUUUCUAGCCGACGUUAGAACGGAUGCGGCACGCACGUGGUGCGCGGGGGGUUCAGAUUGGUGUAUCAUUUUGUUGUAUGGCACCCCCCUCUUCCAGUUUGUUGCUUGGUUAGGUGCCAUGGGUGUGCCGGUGUCGAGGUGACAUUGAUUCGGUAUUAGCGGCUUUUAGUGGCUGUUAGCGUUAAGCUGAGUAAAAUACAAACCACCAUCACCAUGAUAUAGCCCCUCUAUUAACCGCGGCAGAUUAGACUGAGUCGUCGCAACUUUGACAAAGCAUCCUGGGAGAGCGCUAACCUCCAGCAAUCCUCUGAUACCGAACACUAAUAUGCCCUCUUCGGCCCCUCCUGCCCCCUCCCCCAAAAGUCGGGGGAUUUUAUGAUCUCCGGCAAGCUGUUCUUGAAGCUUUUCUUCGUUUUUAGAGUUUUUUCGUUUUCCGUCGUUAAUUAGUUGAGUUUGGUUGAUUGAUUGAUUGAUUGAUUAUAGCGCGCGAAUACGUGGAGUGUUUUUAUUCGUUGGUUGGGUCCUGGCGCUGGUGAAAGUGACGCCGGCGUGGCGGAGGGUGCAUUGGUCUGGAUGUGGGUAGAUGGUGCGUCGAUGCAAUAUCAUUGACGGUGCAAAUGUUCUCCGUGGCCUAUGUUGAUCCACAAGCUAGCCGACUGACCAGACGGCUCGCGGUUGAUUGAUUGAUUGACUGACUGACUGACUGACUGACUGGACGAUUCAUUCUGGGGUGAGAACAUGCCCCUGGAGCAGCGCACGAAGCGGAAGAGAGACGCGUUGUUGAAUAGAGUGAAAAACAAACAACGCGAAACGAUGACUGCCGGCCGGGCACGAAAUUUGGACAGGAGUUCCAAGUGACAACUCGAAAUACUACUUAUACACAAACACAGAUACACACACAUAGAUUGCAUUGCGUUUUCAAGCUUUCAAUAACUGAGCCGAAUUCCUAUGAUAAUGGUGGGGUAGUCGGAGUUUAAGAACCGGUAAUCCAAUUGGAGGUAGCUGACGUUGAAUUAGGUCAAGAGAUCAAGUGGAGUAUGUUGUACAUAGGCAAACAUAUAUAUAUAUAUAUAUAUAUAUAUAUAUAUACACAUACACAUAUAUAUAUAUAUACAUAUAUAUAUAUAUAUAUACACAUAUAUAUACGCAUAUAGGUGGAAGAAGAUCGGUGGCCAUUAUUGUCAUUGCGUAGAGUUUGAUGUCUAAAUACGGAUGGAUUAAAGAAUAAGUGAUGUAUAAAGUUUUGCUAUUAUUACGGAAAUGGAUUCGACAAGAAUUGUUGCUAAUUGAGUAGGAGAGAACGAUGAAGACGACGGUGAAGUUAUGACAUAUAUAGAUAGAUAAAUAUAUUUACCCAUUACUGGGGUUUCGGUGAGCAUUCAUGUCGUAUGUAUCAUGGUGACAAACUAAUGAAACUGUAAUGCUACCACGAUAGUGCUAGUAUUAUGAGUGCUGUGUCACGCUGAAGGUGAGGCUUUCUAAAUAAAAAAAAAAAAAAAAAUACGUGGAGGGUCUGAAAGUGGCGUAGAAUUAUGAGGCAACUCUGUACUGUAAAAAAAAAAAAUAGAGACACACAACAAACGAAGAAUACACACAUCGCAUUUAUAAUUAUAGUGUAUUAUUAUAAUUAUCAACAACAAAAUAUAGCAUUAAAAUUAUUGCCAG